AUGGCAGAAACGUUUGCGGCAGUCGCUUCAAUGCCGCUUCUGGCCAAUUGGCAAAAAGCGGGACCGAAGCGGGGCAGCCGAUCAAGUGGAAACGACAUCACAGUCAUAACUCUUCUCUCUUCUCGACCACCAUGUCAGGCGGCGCCUUGUUUCCGUGUCGUACGACGUAGAAACGCGUCCACGGUCCUGAUCUGCGCACCGCGUGUGAUGGCUCUUCUCCUGCUGCAAGUUUUGGUCCCUGCCCUACAACGUGGAUUUUUCGUCGCAUUCGGCUCGUGUAGAAAGCGUGAGGGAAAUGGCCAGAGUAUUAUCCAAGUAGCAUGGAGAUACAAAGCGCGCAUUGUCUACCCUUCGAUUCCGACGGGGUACGAGAGGAAUCGGCCUAAAGAGACGCUGAUGAAGCCGUCUUAUCUGCGCAGUCGAGGUGGAUUCGAUGCCGAAAUGGACGAUACAAUAUCUGUCUGA